AUGGUGACGGUCGGCAAGUCGCACCCGGGUGCUGACCCCGUGCACCCUCUCCCAACCUCACCUGAUCCGGUCGGCGCCAACUCCCCGCCAUCAAAGCGAGAUUUAGCUUCAUGGUGGAAGCAGUUCAAACGGAGUACCAGAAAAGACGAAUUGAAAGCAGAAGCACCCCGCGGCAUCUUUGGGGUUCCGCUCAAUGUCAGCAUCAAAUAUGCCAAUGUGGCAAUCUCUUUGACCAACGAUCACGGCCAGAGCUCCAUUUAUGGAUACGUGCCCAUUGUUGUUGCGAAGUGUGGGGUUUUUCUAAAAGAAAAAGCAACGGAUGUCGAAGGCAUCUUUCGUCUUAACGGAUCAGCCAAGCGUAUUAAGGACCUUCAAGAGGUCUUUGAUUCCCCCGAGCGAUAUGGCAAAGGACUCGACUGGUCCGGAUACACCGUCCACGAUGCAGCAAACGUGCUCCGCCGAUAUCUGAACCAGCUACCCGAACCCAUCGUGCCGUUAGAGUUCUAUGAGCGUUUCCGUGAGCCCCUACGUAUCUACCAGCGACAAGUGUUAGAAGACAAGGAGACGCCCGAUGCCGAGAAGUUCGAUCACGCAAAGGCCGUCGAGACAUAUCAGAACCUCAUCAUCGAGCUGCCCCCCUGA